AUGAACUAUGCAUUGCUUUUCGCGUGUUGGUUUGCCGCGGCUGGUGUAGCCCGGUGCAUAUCCAUAGCUAGUGAUGGCAAGGUGCACAAUUCAGUUCAUCUGUCAACGAACUUCAACAAUCCACCUUUCCGCCGGUUUCCAGCGAAACCAGCAGGACCACCAUGUUUUCGGCCCCGUUUUCUUUCCGCCUCUCUUGGCUCAUCAACGAAACCCCUGUCACCUGAACCUAGGGAAGUUUCUUCACAGGAAGCAGGCAAUACAGAAGAACACAACUCCUGGAUAGAUCCUCUCCCCCCAGAUUACCAGUAUCCUAUUGAAGAUUACUUGGUGAUUCCAAACACGCGCAGAUUCUGUGAAGGCAGCAACAUCCUAAAAGCGACUGCGGCGGACAGCAAUUUCGGAUCUGAAGAAGAUACCCCAAAUCGCGUUCGACAGCCAAAAGCGGUAUUUUGUAGAGGGAUACCUGACCUCUGGGAACAGAGAAACGGCGUCGUUACUGUGAUGAGGAAGGAUCUUUCUGCAGCAAUAUUGAAACCUAUGAAGCGCAGAAAUGUCCGUGCAGAAAAAGGCAGCGGUUCAAUUACUCAAGACGCACUCUUUGACUCGCGUCCAAAAGGAGCACUUGUGAUUGCCACAUUAACAGAACUGAAAUAG